GAUAUGAUGAUGUUUCAGAAACAAACUUGAGAUCUUACAGUGUUCAUUCUGCUAAACAUGUGCAAGAGAACCGUCCUGUGCCCAUUCGCAGAAAAAGAAGCAUUGAGGAGGCCAUCCCGGCAGUGUGCAAGACGCGGACGGUGAUCUACGAGAUACCUCGGAGCCAGAUUGACCCCACCUCGGCCAACUUCCUGAUAUGGCCGCCCUGCGUGGAGGUGAAGCGCUGCACCGGCUGCUGCAACACCAGCAGCGUCAAGUGCCAGCCCUCCCGGAUACACCACAGGAGUGUCAAGGUGGCAAAAGUGGAGUAUGUUAGAAAAAAGCCAAAAUUAAAAGAAGUUCUGGUGAGAUUAGAAGAGCAUAUGGAAUGCACCUGUACAUCAUCAAAUACUAAUUCAGAUUAUAGAGAAGAAGAAACUGGCGAGGCCGAGGCAUGGAGAAAAGCCUGUGCAAGGUCAUACAGCAAGGCUGUGGCAGAACCAGGGAGAGGACUCAGAUCUGAGUGCUCAUCCAGUGCCCUAAAUCACACGACCAUCUUCCCUUUCCAAGAAUGAAUCCUUGCACCCUUAGAGCUAAAUACUGAAAAGAUUGAGGGUAAGUCAUUUUGCCUAAUUACUGUGCAUUGGAUACAUGAUCAAAAGCCACUGCCAUAUUGUCAGAGAAUGUAGAGAUUGAUGAAAAUCCAUCUUUCUGCCCAUGCAAUUAUGCAGCCUUUUAUCCUAUCAUGAGCCAGUCAUUUCCUGCUUCUCUUAGGAGUCAGCCUUUCGUGACUUACAGUCAAAAUUAUGCACAUAGAACAAGACUUAGAUUUUAUGGGAAUUUACAAAAAUUCAGUAGACAAUUUUCAUUCUCCUUCAGUUCAGUGUCAUUCCUUCCUUUUAUGGUGUGGGUAACUUUUCCAUGGGGAACUGUUUUUAUCAUGGGCUCAAUCUGAAUUUUUUUUCCCAGGCCCUAACAUGGAAAAACACUUUAAGAGAUGCCUGUGUUUGCUCAUCUUCAAACUGGUGCCUGAGCAUGCUCCUAGGUUUGGACAAACAUCCCAUUGACCUCAGGCAAAUCGAGCAGAGUUGAUGCUUUAUUUUUUAAUUAGUGUGUGCCUUCCUGACACAGGAUCCCAGUUGUAGGCUGGGGGUCUUUGUGCUCUCAGAGUGUUGAAGUAUUCGUAAGCAAUCCCAAAGAUGAAGUAACAAAACUUGUAUAUACAACUAGGAAAACAGCUGGGAUGUGCCACUCCUGCUCCCAUGGAGGUUGCCAUUUUGAAUUACAUAUUUGUUAUUUUUGGGGAAAAUAUUUUCUUGGCAUGGGUGGAUUCAGUUGCUAAUGCCAGUGAGCCCAUUUCAGAUGAUCUGUUUGGGUACUUCAGGAUAUACUUUGAACACUCACAGCUGUGCUGAUAACAGUCAAAUUUGAGAUGGGAGAAAUUAUUUAGAGCAAAUUUCACGUGAAAUCUGGCAACUUUUGGUGUUUUUUUUUGUUUUUUUUUUUUUUUUUUUUUUUUAAAGAAUUAGAAAGAUAGAAUAAACAAGACCAAGGGUUUGAUCACUCUUUUUUCAGUUGUGGCAUGUCACCUGUCCUUUUAGUCAUUCUAAUUACUUGCUGCAUCAGGCUAAAGUAUGUGCUGAAGUAGCUCAGAAUCACUGCAACAUGUGAAAAGUUAGGACUGGUUCUUGUUGAACUGCUGCCUAUUGCCAUGGCAUAUGACUGUGAGGUGGGGCCCACAAUCACAGUUGUAAAUCAAAGAACAAGUCAUAGGUUAGGUUCUGUUUUCCUUAGAUAUUGUCUCUAAGUUUGUUUUCUGUAUGCUGGUCUCGAGUGACGUUUAGUGAGCUUUCCAAUUAGGUGGAAAGUCAUGAGUACCUCUUUCCUAGCCUGAAGGUAAGAAAGUGCUAACUCUUAGUCUAGCUCAUAAUCAAUGGAUGAAAUUCUGGGAGCAUCCUGGUGAUAGAAUUUCUGUCACUUGAAAAUUUCAUCUCACAUUUUUCCAGGGUUACUUCUUCCUGUAGAGAGGAAUCAGAUAAUUUAUAUGUUUGACUUACUAGCAGGCCACCAAAUCUGACUUGGUUUGAGUUUUGAGCAGCUCAAGAAUUUCUGUUUGGACUGAUACUUGCAUAUGCCAGAUGUCUCCCAAGUUCUUAGAUAAAAUACACAAAAAGGGCACACUUGAGUGCUUCAUCAGAAAAGAAGUUCACAUGUGAAGGCUGGAGUAGUCGCUGAAAACUGUAAUUAAGGAGCCAAGUUUGUAACAAGUGUUCACACUCAUCUUCAGAUCAGACUUGAUUUUUGGGCCUCUAUGUACUAUCUUUGAUCUUGGUAAUGAAGGAAACUGGGUUUACUGUCCAGCUUUGAAUUCAGAGUAGCUGUUAAAUCAGGUGUGCAAAAAGCAGAAGCACACAGAGAUGCAGUUGAGCCUACAGAGCUUGAAAUCCCCAGGGAUUUUGAAAACAUCUUAAUUCUUGAAAGCAAUCAGAACUAAGUAGGAGAAAAGCAUUUUAAACACUUCUGAAAAUCCCACCCUGGUUUAUUUGGCAGGUGAAAAAAGGAUCCAGAAGAGAUACUACUUAUAAGGAUCAUUCAGUGACAAAGUAUGUGUUCGCAGAGAAGGCUCAUGCUUAAAUCAUUCAGCAGUUAAUUAUCAUCUUUACAGACCAUAAUACUAGAAUACUUCACUUAUCAAUGCAUCAGGGCUUGGAUGAACUUUGAGACGCAUGAAAACAAGACACUCCUUAGGCCUGUGGUAGCUCUGUGCUCUGGUAACUGAUCAACCAAUUACAUAAUUGGUCAGGUCUCUGCCUUGCAGGAGCAGAUACAACUCCAUUGACUUCUCUGGAGGUGACACUUACCUGAGAACUGACCCGAAACUCUUGCCACGAAGCAGAUAAUGGUUUCAUAUUUUGCUGUUUAGUGUUGUUGUAAAAAUAGACUCGUUUCCUGGAGCAGUUAGAACAAGAAAAUAGGGAAAAGCAAUUUCCCACAGAGACUCAUCCACGCUGGAAUUCACUGAGGACCCCGGAUGUGAACAUGUGCUGAUAGAAAACAUAAAACAGCAACUUUGUUUAGGGAAGCCUCUGACCUGUCAAAAAUGCAGAGCAUUUCUUACCAGACUUUUCCUUGGCAAUUAGUGGGUAGAAUUACUCAUAGAAAUUGUUUUGUUUGCUCGCAAGGGGAGAAGUAAGACAUAAAUUCAAGAUAGCCCCUCUGACCACAAGAAAGACUCCGUUCACAGAGGGCCUGUGGGUGAAGUGCUGUGUGGCCUCAGCUCCCUUUGGGGAUGAACUCAAACUUUUAGACCUCAGUGAAGUAUGAAGGACCCCUCCAGACUUGCUGGAUAUCCCUAGCUGGAUUUUUUCAGCAGUCUGAGGGAUUUGGGCAUCCAUUUUUAAUUCAUUUUUUCGUAACUUUCAAGAAACCCUUGUUGGCUUCAGAACAUCUCUGUUCUGAAGAGAGACUAGUUUUGACCCAAUGAUGUUAUUGUGACUUCUGCCUUCCAUGUCUAGCCAGCAGCACCCAAACCUUGGAUUUCAGACUUUUCAGAUGGGGAGCCCCCUUCACUCCAGCUGUGCUUCACCUUUGCUUAGCACUUUGGCCUUUACAUGCAUUUUCUGUAUAAAGGUGGUGCUGGUUUAACCUGAAGACCAGGGAAGUUUCAAAAGGCCAGAUUUCACCUCUGGGCCCUGCUCAACUGCUGGUGGAGUCUGUGUGGGGCCAGAGGAGGAGGGAGAGAGGGAAAAGAGAUGCUCCAGCACUUCCAGUGUGGGUGAGGCCUGAGGGAUCACCCCUCAGACAUUUCUUGGCCCAAACUCCCCCACUGCAAAGCAUUCUGCUCAGAAGUCUCCUUGGAGCCAGGAAGCUCCUCAGGAACCUGCCCAAGAUCUGAAUUCCCCUUGACUGCAGGGGGUUUCCACAGCAAAAGUGACAGAAACAUUUAUCCUACAUAGAGUGGUUUCUCCAACAGGCCGCGUAGGAGUCAGACAGGUUGAUGCUCAGCUGCUGUACUUCACUGAUUGCCCCAAAUACUGCUUUUAAAUCAAAGUUUAGCUGCUCUGGGACAUGUUUCUUGUAGAGGUGCUUCAGAAGAGCUGGCCUAGCUUGUACCCAUUUGUUGUGAUGAGCCUCUGGUCCAUCCAGAGUGGUUGGGCCAUGCCUGCUUAGCUAAAGGGUUUUGGGACCUUGCAGCUGGGGUUGAGGAGUGCAAAUGUUUCCCAUUAGCUCCCUGCAUACCCUAAGUUGUGAUUCAUCAAGGGAGACAGUGCAGAGCUGAACUUGAGGCACGAGAGAUGUUUCUUUGAAAUUACUUGUGCUUAAAGUUAGGCAUGAUCUGAGUUGGCUUGCUGAGCUGAGGCCUGAAGGCACAGUGAACCCACUGUGCUAACACAGUGCAGUUUAGUCUUUUCCUCUUAAGCAUUGUCCAGAGUGAUGUGAGUUUCACAAGGGUCUGAAACCUUUCAAUAAACCAUUCCAUAGUAAUGAGGGAGAUCUUUAUUCUGUGGUUUUCUGCCAGUAAACUCAGGUACACUGGAGAGCCCAGAGCUAAGCUUGCUCCCUCUGGGCCUUCCCCUUCCUUAGUUUCUUCAGAAUGUUUCUUUUCAAAGGCAAGUGGGAAAAAAAAAAAUCCUAAAAUGGGACCUAAAAAAGGUGGGGAAUUAAGCAGAUCAUAUAAUCUUGAUUCCUUUAUCUCACUUAAUUAAGGAGAAGUUUGCCAAUAGUGAUCUGGUAUUUCCUAAAACAAGCAUAUAUGAAGAACACUUUGAGGAACUUCAAAAGAAUUUUCAGGCUAGAUCAGGAAAAGAUAAAAACAGAAGUGGAAACUUCUAAUACACUUUAUAUUUCAGUACUUACAGGAAGUACAUUGUUGCAUAGGAUACUAAUGAAUUCUGCAGGAGGAGGUUUCCAAAAGAAAAAUGAAAUGGCACCUUCUCUAUCUUAGAGAAAAGGUCUGAGGGCUUUUGCAGUUAUGACAGAUAUGCAGUGGAUAUGUAUGGUCAUAUCACCUGGAGAGAGUCUAUCUCUGGCAAAAGGCUAUUUGGAGUUUCAAGUGUGUACACUAUUGAAUUUCUGUGGCAACUUCCUGGUCUAGCUGUGAAAAGUGAUAAAGGGAAUGGUAAAAGUCUAUCUUGCUUUCAGUUGCCCUGUUCUACACCCCAAAGGACAGAAAUGCUGCCCUGUGUGCAGCUGGGUGCAGGAAGCUUGGCAGGAACAUGCUGGAGUGGCUAAGGAUGAACACAUAUAGUUGGUGCUGAUGUUCCCAACCAGGCAGUGAGGCCAGAAAAGUGAAAAUAGCAGCAUGGAUACUCCAAUACACCAGUGACACUUGUCUGGAAAAAUUAUUACUUGACAGAGUCUUAAUUAACUCAAGUGAAGAAGUAAUUCUAAAAUCCCAAUUUUGGAAUCCCAGAGAGUUAAUGCUCUCAGAAAAGAUGUGAUACAGGAUUGCUUCACAUUUGUAAAGCACACAGAAAUCACAGGUUAACAGUUUUGUACUGUUUGAAGAGUUCUCUGGUGUCAACAGAGUCCUCUGUGGUGCCUUGAGAGUGGAGGGUUUGUGCCCCAGCCUCAGCUCAAGUGUUUAAGCCCAAGUAUGAACAUAUUUUAGGCAGCAAGGCAUUUCCAUCAGGACUGAAGUACAUGGACUUUUUUUUCUUGUCUUCAGGCAAGACAUUUAAAUAUGGGGUUAGUUGCUCUUUGUAUCUUCAGGGCCCCAGAUCCUUCUUAGCCUAUGGUCACUGGAAGGCUCUCUGACUGAAAAUCCAGAGGCCUUUGCCCUUGUAAAAGUUUCUACUCUUGCUUGGAAGUGAGAUUUGGACUCCUGAGUUACAAAGAUGCUUUAGCAAUUGUUUUAUCUGUCUUUGGCUUCUUUAUAAAUCAACCUGCUUGGUCUGAACUGAAUGUUUAAAUAAUAAACAGCUAAAAGACUCUCUGAUGGCUUCUUUCUGAGUGUUUCCCUUAGGGAGCCCUUGGGAUCACAUGGCGUCUGCCCUGACCUUAAGAACCUGCUUUCUGGAGGCUUUUUUACAAUGCUAACAAACCUCACAUUUUAACUAGCUGUUAAAUAAGCCAGUCAGUGGUAACUAUUCAGGACAGGGAUUAGGAGAGUAUUCUUGCUGGCAUACAAGAUGGCUCUGUCCAUGUGCUGGCCAGGGAUGAAGGGCUGGAAAACUGUGUGGUGGAAGAGACUAUUAAUGCGAUUUUCCACAACUUUCCUUGCAGCUGCAUUUUUGAGAGGAGAGAGAGAGAGAUGGCUAGGCUUGCAGUAACAUGUUGUGCCGUCAUAAAUGCUACAGCCACCAUCUGUUUCCAGCCCACGACUUGAAAGAAAACUGAGCAGUAAUCUCAUAAUUCACAUGAGUGUUUUACACUUGUGAACCCUUCCCAACCUUUGUCUAAUAACGAGGGGAGUGCAUGGUGCUAAGUUUUGUAUUUUUCCUGUACGUAUUAGUGUUUAUUUGUAUGUCUUCUCCUGUUUUGUUGUUUUGUGGGGUUUAAAAAAAAAAAAUCACUGGGAGGAAAAUCAGACCAGUUCCACGGUCAAAAGAAACAUAAUAAAGGCAAAAUCCCAAUUCCACUGAUCCUGCUGGCAAAAUUCUCCAGGAGGAGGUGCAUUUAACAUUCCUCAGAGUGUCUGUCUUAGUUACUUGUUGAUGAAAAGGAAGAGAGACAUUAGCCAGGGAAGAGGCAGGUUGCUGAACUGCCCUUUCCCUGCAGAAGCAGAGCUGCUACAAGAGCUGGACAUGUGCAUUUUAAACUGAACCAUCAGGCAGGAUGGUGAUGGAAGGCUGGAUUUUAAUGAAAACAGAUUCUUCUGCUAAUCUUUGCUUGGGGCUGGCCUUGGGCAGGAUUAAGGAUCCCACCUGCUGUGCCAAAGACACGCUCAGGUCGGGGCUGCUGGUGGGUGGGAAGAACACAAACAUCUGAGAGUGGCUCUGCUGAGCAAUCCCAGUCUGUCCUGGUGCAGUGCCCUCAGGGAAGCCAAAGAGUUGAGAUGAUUUAGUUGAUGGAAAUACUGCUCCCCUCCAGCCUGCAAAGCUGAGCAUCAUUAAGGAUUUCUUUCUGGCUGCUCUUCGAAACCAAGGGCUGCUCUGUCUCUGGGCCUCCUCUCACCUUUGGACCCAAUUUGCACACCUCCUCCUACCACAGCUGAAUGAGCUCCUGCUCUCCUCUGGCCUUAGGAACAAUGGCUUUCAUCAUCUCUACCAGACUGCAGAGCAGUUCAAGGAUGAAAGGGCUUCUCAUUUCAUAUAUCCCACUGCUGCUAGAGCUAUAAAUCAUCGAUGGACUGAAUUUAUAGCCAACUGCUACUGCAAGCAAGUGAAAUUUAUUUUGUGUUGUCAUAUGUAUGGUCAAACUGUCCAAGAAGUUGCCAAACAAAGAACUGAGCUGCUGCUGAGCAACCCAUUCAAUCUAUUCUCAUUUUAUUUAAAAAUAAUAAAUAACUGUCAAUCAAAGGAACUUAUUUUGACAUGUGCUACCUGCUGGGUGAUCUGCAGUAUCUCCAGGAUGUGUCUGUAAGUGGAAGAUAGCUGCUAGCUGUUGCCAGGUCCAGCAGAUAUGAGAUGAAGUUCCACCAAGAAAAGGUUUGUGGGCUCAAAAGGGUUGAGGACAGAUUAAGGGCCACAUCCUUUUCUAACAUUAAAAAUUAAAAAUUUAAAAUUUUGCUCCCCUGAGAGUGUUUGGUCAGGUAGUCCAGGGGUCACAGUGACUUCUGCUUGAAUCAGUUACAAGUGUCUGACUGUACAGAGCAAUGGCCCUUCUUCUGUCUCCCAGUUUGCAGACAGGUGGAUUGCUGGUGGCUCUCUGGGGCCUGGAAAUGUGGUCUGUGCCUAUUUUGGUGCCUUGUGAUGGCGAUGAGCUAAAAAUGAGAGAGUAGAAACUCUUCAAGCUGCUGGGGUCUGAAUCACAUAUUUCUGUACGAUUUACUUAGAGAGCCAACAAGCCUGGGAGGUUUUUUUUGAGUUUUACCCAGGCUCAUUAAUUAGCUGGGGGGUGUUGGGAGCUGUCAUAUUGAGCAGCCUUUCCCUGCUCACUCCUGUUGUCCUGCUGGAUUCAAUCCCUGCAGCCUCCCACCCCACUGUCUGUAGUUUCUGGCCACAUCUGGAGUGUCUCCCUGCACACGUGCUGGUAGGAGCCUCCUCCCUGCUGGCACACACGUCACGGCUUUUGGGGUCUGUGGAGUCACAGUCAUCCUUCCCAACAUUUGUUUUUCCAUGAGGGGGAAAGAGAGAAGGGCUACGGGAAGGGCAGUGGCAGGGAAGGCCUCUGACACGAAAUUCCCAGGAACAGGAUUUGCACAUUUUAUGACCGUUCAGAUGGAAAUGCAAUGGAGCUGAAUUAUUCCUCCUUAAUCCUGCUUUCUCACUUUCCUCCCAGCAGCCUCUUCCCCUGCAGUUUAGGUAAUACAGAAGCUUAUAAACAAAUCCCACCGCGUGAAAAAUAGCAAAAGGCGGGGGGGAAAGGGACCUGGGUUAGGGCUGUGAUGGAUAGACAGGUGGAAGGCAGGCACCAGAAGGGAGGAUGAAUGGUAAAAGCCUUUGAUGGAAACACUAAAGAGCUAUUGAAAAUCCAAGGGGUGGGGGGAGGGAGGAGAAAGAAUAGCAGGAGGAGGGAAAGCAAGGGAGUCGUGCCCCCGUCCCCCCGCCCUCUUUCUCAGGAUGUUGAAAGUAUUUGUCCUUCGUUACAAAAUGAUUGAACUGCCGCCAGGCCAGGCCACCCUUCCAGCCAUUGCACUGGGAAACUGGCACUUCUGAAAGCCUCGUCGCCUCUCAAAUUUUAUAGCUUUCCCUUUUUGUGGGAGUUUUUGUGUUGUGCUGUUUGCAGGAUUGUUUUCAGAUUUGCCGCCUAUCAAAGAGAACUAUGUUUUGUUUUUGUUGCUCUGACAAACACAGAAUCCAGGUAAUGAAAAGAAAUAUUAAAAAAAUAAAGGCACAUUUUUAUCAGAAAA